AUGUACGAGCCGCUGUAUUUUGCCUUUGACACAUACCCAACUGUCAUACCCCGAGUGAGGGUGCGAGGCGUCAUGGCGCUUUUCCUGGCGGCCUCGAUCUUGUGGGCCCUGAUCUGGCUCCUGUACCGGGCAUGGCAGGUCUGCCAAACUCCCAACGAUGUCCUAGUGGAGAAAUUGGGCCUGGAUAUUCCUCCACCCCCAGAGGUCACCCUCGAAGAGAUCACCGCCCGUGAGAUCCGUCUUGCUUGGAAACAACCAGACUUCCACAACUCAAUACAUAAGCAUAUCAUCCAAGUGAACAACGUUAAAGUGGGCGAGUCGAAACGAGCGGAGACGGCGGUAGAGAUUUUAAAUCUCAUACCAGGCAGCAUUUAUCACAUCUGUGUUUUCUCAGUGAGCGCCGCGAACUUUCAAACACCUAGCGCCGUCCUUCAUGUGCGAACCAAAUCUCUCCCGCUCUCCCAGGCACAACAAAAUGCCCCCGGCGACGGCCCCACGAUUCGGGCAUCGAUUCCCCGUUCGACCGCAGGCCUGCCCACUCCUUCGGCUCCGGUGAUGUCCCGUGAACACAGUGCCGGUCCACUGCCGGGCAAACGACCCUCGACAGGGCGGAAGCUAUCACCUGCUGCCGGAACAGUUGAGACUGGCCAUGCAGACGAAACGCAGAGAAGCGUGGUCAAGAACGACAAGAAUGGAUCCCUCGAGCAACUCGCCGAUCGACUGAAGUCGCUGCAGCAGGAGAACGAUAACUUGGAAAAGCAGGCAGCAGAGGAGGAGGACGAACACAUCGCAUUGCUCAAAGAUCUCGAGAAGCAACGCAACGAUUUGAAGAAGAGUGUUAAGGAGAAGGACGAGGCCAGCGGUGAUCUCAAGAAACACGUCUACAAGCUGGAAAGCGUCAACCGCACUGUGCAGAGCGAAAAGACGAAGCGUGUGAGGCUGCUUCAACAGAAGGAGGCCCAGCGCAAGAAGCGCAAGAACGAUAUUGUGCGAUGGCAGGAGAAGAUCACUCGCAUGACCGUUGAAAUGGAGCAGGCCAAGGAGGACAAGAUAAGUCUGGAAGAGGAUGGCAAAACCCGUGCGGAUGAAGUUCGAAAGAAGAUUGCCGAUGAGCAAGCGGAGAUGAAGGCUAUCGAUGACGAGAUCCAGGAUAAAGGAGGACGCAUCAAGAAGCUCGAGGAAGAAAGGACAAGAUUCCAGGAGGGUGAUACUGAAGAUGGCAAAGAAUUGGACCGAAUUGAUAACGAGCGGGCCCGCCAGUGGGAGGCUAAAUUGGCCAGUUUACAGGCGCGCUAUGCUACUCUCGUCAACAUUCAUACGCAAGCUCAGCAGCAGUAUCAGGAAGCCCAGGAGCGAGUCAAGUGGCUUUCCACCCAACGACCCAGCAGCGCAGGCCCCUUCCCAUUGGAUCUCGAUUUGUCCAAUACUGCCACCAUUCGGCCCCGCCGCCAUCGCAGCUCUCUCAACAGCAAUGUCUCGUCCCCUGUGAACUUCCCCAGCGUCGAGCCAUCAUUCUCCAUCAAUUACAACCCACCUUCCACUAGCUCGCCAACUUUUGCUCCGAACUCUGCCUUCUUCAACAUUCAUAACGGGAUGGCUCUGCCGAGUCUAGACCCGCCGGAGAUCAUGCGCUCAGACAUGGAGACAACUUUCAAUAACCCUCAGAUGAGCCCUCGUGCUGAUGCUCUUCUGCCAUCUGAUCUCCUCGGGGACGAAGAAUCUCCCGAAUUCCCGCGCCCUGUUACCCGACCACGGUUUGACUCAAACCCCACUCCGCUGGACGGCUUUGGACAUGGCCCCGUAUCGCCAGUCUCUUCAGGCAGUCGACCUGGAAGUAUCUUCGCCAGCCCACUCGGCACCUCAACCCGACAGGAUUCUGAGCCCGGUCAACUGUCAGAGCCACCAAAGAGCGCUUCUCGGCGGCUCUCAGGCCUGUUCGGCUUUCAUCGACCUCGAGGGAAGACUCUGGCAGACGAAUCGCCUAUGCUGGGCACUUUGAAACCAGGACAGAGUCAAUCCUUCCCGCGCAAUAUCGAUGAGAUGGACCCGAUUGGCUCACGACGUCGGCGGUUGAGCUAUACUGGCAAUUGGGCAAGUCCGAUGUCAUUUUUCCCGCGAAGCAACACUGCCGGAGUCACCGCAGACAGUUCGUCUGACCACCCACCCUCCCGGCGGGCUGCGUUUUCGAGCAUCUUCUCUACCAGCAAAUUUGGGUUUGGAAAUGCCGGACGUGCGAAUACCGAUGGCUACGAUCAAUUCAGCCCGCGACAUGACCCCAUUGAUCCCUCCUCACUUCUCGGCGGCGUCCGACGUGGUUCUCUGUCUCCACGGCCGUCGUCUACGUUCUCGUUUGACAACCAGCUCCCUCACCCCUCUACGGACAACCGACAUUUCGGUUGGCCGUCGACCGAGAAAGCUGGGCAUCGAACCAGUCCUCUUGGUCUUGAUUGGGCUUCUCCGUCUACUUGGUCUCGAGCCCCUUCCCGUCGGCCUUCCAUCUCAUAUGGAUCGUCUGGCCACCUCCCGUUGGGGCUGACUGGGGAGCCUGAUUUUGUCGAGGAUUCGUUUGAACGGCAGCAUCGGCCGCUCCAGGCUCCAAUUGGCACUCGCCCUUCCUCGUCCCACCGGCCCCUCACGCCGAAUCCGAAACUGAACCCGGCUGCCCCGACGUUCAGGACGGUCUUCACUGGCAAGAAAUCGGACAAGGACAAGGAUAAGGAAACCGAAUCCUCCUUUGAUCUGGAAGACGGUUCCCCGUCCGACUCUCGCAUGUCCCGCGAUUCUCGGUCCCUGUCUCAUUUCACCGGCGACUCGUACGAGUCUUUGGAGCGCCUGCCUUCCGGCACGUCCGUGGACAAUGCCUCGAAGGAGUCGUUCAUCCGUAAGAUCACUCGCAAAGGCAGCUCUGGAAAAUUCAGCUCGUGGAAAGAUCGCUCGGGUUUCUUUUCCAAGAAGGGGGAGUCUUCGCAGGGUGACAUUGAUGAGGAUGGCGCCAGCGAAGCCCAGCUCGGGAAGAGCGUGGACAGCACUGUCUCCAGUGUGCCGUCUGCAGACAAGUCGACUCGAAGCAGCCUGGGAUUUUUCUCCCGCAAGUCUCGCAAAUCCGACAAGGCCAGUGAGACGAGCGAGCUCGCCAGUGAAACGGGUGAUGAGGAGAUCCCGGAGGAGCUCAGAUACGAAUAUGUCAAGUCCUUCGAGCAGCCAGACAUCCUGCUGCCCAACACAUGGAUUGUCGUUCGGAUUGAUGGGAGGGGAUUCCACAAACUGUCUGAUUACUACGCAUUCACGAAACCAAAUGACCGCCGCGCGCUGGACCUGAUGAACGCUGCUGCUGCCGAGGUCAUGAACGACUUACCAGAUCUAUGCAUCGCCUACGGCGUCAGCGACGAGUACAGUUUUGUCUUCCAUCCAAGCUGCGAGCUCUUCGAGCGACGGAAUUCAAAACUGGUCACCACCAUCGUUUCCUCAUUCACAGCACACUACAUCCAUCAAUGGAACACUUAUUUCCCCUCAACGCCCCUCCAGCCGCGGUAUUUGCCUUCGUUCGACGGGCGUUCGGUUAUUUACCCGAAUACUCGCAUUCUGCGCGACUAUAUGAGCUGGAGACAGGUUGAUUGCCAUAUCAAUAACCUCUACAAUACAACUUUUUGGGCAAUGGUCCUACAAGGUGGAAUGAGCAAUACGGAUGCGGAACAGGAAUUAAAGGGAACCGUGUCAUCAGACAAGAACGAGAUCCUCUUCAAGCGGUUCGGAAUGAACUACAAUAAUGAACUCGAGAUCUAUAAGAAGGGUAGUGUUAUCUACCGCCAGGUACGUUGUGUGUCCUUUAUUUUUGCUGCAUAUAAUCUGAUACACGCUGCUCCUAUCCAGUAUGAACUGCAGGACCCCAGUCCAGUGCAGACAUCUGCCGAUGAUGAUGGUGGUAGUGGGGCCUCGUCGGCGGUGCCAGGGUCUAAACCAUCGAGGUCACAGCAGGAUAAGCUGCGGAAAUUGCGCCGGAAAGCUAGGGUUGUGGUUGAUCAUGUUGAUAUCAUCAAGGAUGAGUUCUGGGAUAGGAGGCCAUGGAUUCUGUCGAACUCGCCUGGGAAAUUGCCUGUUGAGCAGUGA